AACUGAUUUCAUUUACAUUCUACAUCCUUUGAGAUAAACUUGAGAGUAUUUUCAUAUUAUUAUUCUGUAUAAAAAUGGCGACAAAGUGUUUGAUAAAAGUUCUUUUGACUCUAUUGAUUGUUGAUAGUGUUUUUUGUCGACUUCCACGAGUUUUCUUCGAUAUUGCAGCAGACAAUCAACCCGUAGGUCGAGUUGUUAUGGAGUUGCGACCUGAUGUUGUACCAAAAACCGCCGAGAAUUUCCGAGCUUUAUGUACUGGAGAAAAGGGUUUCGGUUACAAGAAUUCAAUAUUCCAUCGAGUUAUCCCCAAUUUCAUGAUCCAAGGAGGUGAUUUCACCAACUUUGAUGGAACUGGUGGUCAAUCAAUUUAUGGAAACAAAUUUGAGGACGAAAACUUUACACUCAAACACACUGGUCCUGGUACUCUUUCCAUGGCCAAUUCUGGUCCUGGAACUAACGGAGCACAAUUUUUCAUCACUACCGUCAAAACUUCUUGGUUAGAUAAUCGACAUGUCGUUUUCGGCUCAGUCGUUGAAGGACUGGACGUUGUCAAGAAAGUCGAAGGCUGGGGAAGUCAAAGUGGAAAACCUAGCAAGAGAAUCACCAUCACAAAUUCUGGCCAACUGAGUUAAUUAUAAGAUCACGAAAACGAUAAAAUUGUAUAAUCGUCGAAAAUUUGUCAAGUGAAACAUUUCAAGAUUAAAAUUUUCCGAUGCAAAUACAAAA